AUGUCCAGCUUUGACUGUAUUCCUGAUCACCCAGCCAGCUCCGAUUUGGUGAGGAGAUUAAAGGCUGCCCUGGACGUCGGGGAUGAGAACACAGUGAUGGAUUUGAUCUGCACUGAAGUGCAACAUGUGAAUGCCACCAUCGAACUCUCUAAUGAUGACUGGAUGAAGGAGCCACAAGCUCACCUGCACCCUUUAUACUAUACAGCACUGGUCACGGGAGACCUGAGAAACCUCAAGGUCCUGACUGAUAAAUAUUAUGAAGACGUCAAUCUGAUUUUUGAGAUCAGUAAAAAUGAGCUGGAAUGGCAAGUGAAAAGCCUGGCCUCUUUUGGAUUGUCAGGCCUGUGGUCCCUCGAAUACAAGAAGGAACUGACCACCCCACUGUGCAUCACCGCCAGAAAUGGACACACCGCCUGCGUGCGUCACCUGCUGUUCUGGCGGGCAGACCCCAACAUGGCUCCAGGAGGCCAGAGUGCUCUGCAUGAGGCCUGCGCGGGGGGCCACACGGACUGCACGGAGCUGCUGCUGGAGCACAGAGCCAACCCCAACCUCCUGAGCGAGGAAGGCUUGGCACCACUGCAUCUGUGCACCAACCAGAACACGCUGGGAUGUGCCAAACUUUUGGUGAAGUAUGGAGCGAUGGUUGAUCUACCUAGUGAAGAGACACAGGAGACACCACUUCACAUAGCAGCUAAACAUGGCCUCUAUGAUCACGCUCUCCUAUACUUGAGGUACGGCGCUAGUGUGGAUAGGAAGAACAGUCGGGAAGAAACGGCACUCAGCGUGACUUGCGAACAGGCAAAAGAACAAGCAGCUCAAGGAAGCUACUUGCAGGUGUGCAGAUUGCUGGUUAUGUACGGAGCAGAUGUCAACACCACAGAUGAAGAGGAGAAGAGUCCUCUCCACAAAGCCUGCAAGAAUGCCAGUCACAGCUUGGUCCAGUUUUUGCUGCAGAAUAAAGCGGAUGUGAAUGCCAUUGAUUACAACGGCGCCUCCCCCCUGUCCUGUAGCCUACAGACCGCAGCCUUCAAGCAGCAACUGAGGCCACGUCUCACAGUGCAGACGCUGCUGAACCAUGGCUCCCAAAAAAUCUGGCCUAUGGCCUUUGGGAAGGUGCUGAGGUCUUGUGCAUCAGUGCCAGAGAUCAUUGAAAUCCUCUUCAAUUCCUACUCUCAAGUCCCCAUCUCUGAGCAGUGGCGGGAGGCUAUUCCAGAGGAGAUAUUUCAGAUGCACCUGCCCUUUUAUGAAUCCUUUUUCAUGCUAUCAUGCACACCUCGGUGUCUGCAACAUUUGUGCCGUUGUGCCAUUCGGAAAAAGUUUGGCAGCAAAUGCCACUACCUUAUCCCCUCAUUACCUGUGCCCAAACCCUUACAAAACUACCUGCUGCUGGAACCUGAAGGAAUACUGCUUUGAACUACUUGAUCCUCCGCAGUGUAUUACAGUAUCUUUUGUGUGUGCCUUUAGAAUUAAGGAUCUGUCAUUUCCAAUAUAAAUAACUGUUUUUCGGGGAUAUACACUGUAACGUAAACAUUUGCUUUCAGUUGAAACUUUGUAUAGAAUGUUUUUUAACCACAUUAUAUGUUAAGGUGCCACUUAUCAAUAGUCUAUAAAGGGUUAACAAAUGAGUAAUAACUGUUAUAAGCAUAUUACAGACAUGAGUAGUAUGUGUUAUAAAAACUUUAUUGAAGUCAAUGAGACAACGCAGAUGCAUAAUGUUAAAUGGGGGUAAGCAUCAGCAGGAUCUAACCCAUGUGCAGUCCUAAUGAUUUCAGUGGUAUUAUUCCCAUGACUAAAGAAAGCCAAAUCUGGCCCUUAAUAGAGUCACUGCUGUAACCUUUGGCCGAAUACUGGAACUGAUGAGGAUAAUCUAUAAUAUAGAAAGGCUUGGCAGAAUUCUAUUUUUAUUUUUUUACCAUUUUGAUAGAUAAUAUCAAUAUUUAUUUUUGAGUAUCUUUUUAGAUUUUCAUCUAUGUAAAUUUUCAUGGUUAACCAAAUUAUGGACUUUAAGCACUUUUUUAUCAAUUAAAAUGUUCAAAGUUGCGGGAAAUUAUGUGGGGGCAGACAAUUAAUUAAUGGCAGCGGUGAUAAGAUUCAAAAAGUCAAAGCUUUAUAAGCCACUCCAGCACAAAUUGUCAACAUCCCAUGUCAAAAUAUACAAAGCCUUAAAACUGGACAUCAUCCAUGUUUUUACUAUUCAUUUGCUAGUCCAUUUGUAACAAGCCUAAUUCAAAGCUCUACAUCGCUGGACUUUGACUCUAAUAAGUUCUCAAGCAACAUUUGUCUUACUUUACCUAUCUGUAAAUGUUGAUUAUUAUCAAUGGAAAUAUUUUUUCAUCACUCUGUGUGUGUAUGGUGAAAUCAGCAUUUACUGACUUUUGCCAAUAAAAAUCUAAUUCUUCCAAGCCUAAAUAGAGACAAGACCUAUUAGCAUUUUAAUUGUCCUUUAAAGAACAGGCUGCAGGCUGAAAGCUGGCUACUCUACAUACACACAUAAACUUUUUCUUUGAUCCCUAUAUUAAAAUUAAAAUGGUUCCAUCCUACCACAGGCAGCUUGUAGUAUCUCCAAAGAUGCUCUUGGCACCACAUAUGAGUGCAGCUCUGCUCUGAGCAUGUGUCACGAUGCACUGACCCUAGUCACAUGGUGGGACCCCUCCAAUCACGCUGGUAUGGAUUAACGCAGGACAGCUGGGAAGUGUUCAUUUGAAAAUUAAGGGAAAACAUUUCGGAUCCUUUCUAAAUCUAUACAAUAUAACUUUAAAAUAAUAGUGAUCUGACCAAAACAUGGAGCAUUAGACUAAUGGCAGUUGCUCUCUCUUUAACCCUCUUACAUCCAGGCACUGGAGCAGGGAUGUUCAAAGGAGUUUUAGGCAGUCACGUGUCCAGCUCCCUAUGAGUUUCAUUAUUUCACGUCUUCCAAUGGGAACUGGGCACUAACCUCCCUUAGGCUCCUUUCGAAAGCAUCCCAGCCUGCAGCAAAUAGGCAAAGAAACAUUACACUGUGGGUGAAAUCCUGGCCCCAUUGCCAUCAAUGGCCAAACUCCCAUUGAUUUCACCCAGUACGUGGGGAUAAACUCAGAGAUUCCAAGGCCAGAAUGGAGCAUUGUGAUCAUCUAGUCCAACCUCCGGUAUAACACAGGGCAGAGAAAUUGCUAGAAUGAAUUCCAGUUUGCACGACAGCACGUCUUCUAGAAAAAUAUCCAAUCUUGAGUUAAAGAUUUCCACUGACAGAGAAUUCACCACAACCCAUGGCAAGUUGGU